CCGGGCCCUUGCGCUUUCACUGAGCCACCCGCGCGCGCUGCCUGGGUUUCCUCCGAAACGGCUUCCCAAUGGGUCGCACUGUGGUCGUGCUAGGCGGAGGCAUCAGCGGCUUGGCCGCCGGCUACCACCUGAGCCGAGCCCCGCGCCCCCCUAAGGUGGUCCUGGUGGAGGGCAGUGAGCGUCUGGGGGGCUGGAUCCGCUCAGUCCGAGGGCCGGAUGGUGCCAUCUUUGAGCUUGGACCGCGGGGAAUUCGACCGGCCGGAGCGCUGGGAGCUCGGACGCUGCUCCUGAUUUCCGAGCUUGGCUUGGACUCUGACGUGUUGCCUGUCCGCGGAGACCAUGUAGCUGCCCGGAAGAGGUUCCUGUAUGUAGGCGGUGCCCUGCACGCCCUCCCCAGUGGCUUCAGGGGGCUCCUGCGCCCUUCACCCCCCUUCUCCAAGCCUUUGUUGUGGGCUGGUCUGAGGGAGCUGACCAGGCCCCGGGGCAAAGAGCCUGAUGAGACAGUACACAGUUUCGCCCAGCGCCGCCUUGGACCUGAGGUGGCAUCCCUAGCCAUGGACAGCCUCUGCCGAGGAGUGUUUGCUGGCGACAGCCGUGAGCUCAGCGUCAGGUCUUGCUUUCCCAGCCUCUUCCAAGCUGAGCAAACCCAUCGUUCCGUACUCCUGGGGCUGCUGCUGGGGGCAGGACGCAGUCCACUGCCAGACUCAGAACUCGUGCGUCAGGCCCGGGCCGAACGCUGGAGCCAGUGGUCGCUCCGGGGCGGACUGGAGACGUUGCCCCAGGCCCUCAACACACACCUCACCAGUCAAGGAGUCAGUGUUCUCAAAGGCCAGCCAGUCUGUGGGCUUAGCCUCCAGGCAGGAGGGCGCUGGAAGGUGUCUCUUGGGGACAGCAGUCUGGAGGCUGACCACAUUAUUAGUGCCAUUCCGGCUCCAGCACUGAGCAAACUGCUACCUGCUGAGGCCGCGCCUCUGGCUCGCGUCCUGAGCACCAUCACGGCUGUGUCAGUGGUGGUGGUGAAUCUGCAGUAUCAAGGAGCCCGGCUGCCUGUGCAGGGAUUUGGACAUCUGGUGCCAUCCUCAGAAGACCCAGGCGUCCUGGGGAUCGUGUAUGACUCAGUGGCUUUCCCUGAGCAGGACGGGAGUCCCCCUGGCCUCCGAGUGACUGUGAUGCUGGGCGGGUCCUGGCUACGGGAGCUUGAGGCCAGUGGCCGUGUCUUAUCUCAGGAGCUGUUCCAGCAGCAGGCCCAGGAAGCAGCUGCUACACAGCUAGGGCUGAAGGAACCACCAAGUCAUUGCUUGGUGCAUCUCCUCAAGAACUGCAUCCCUCAGUAUACACUAGGACACUGGCAAAAACUGGAGUCAGCCAUGCAAUUCCUGGCUGCUCAGAAGCUGCCCCUGACUCUGGCCGGAGCCUCCUACGAAGGGGUUGCUGUCAAUGACUGUAUAGAGAGCGGGCGCCAGGCAGCAAUCCGUGUCCUGGGCACAGAAGCCAAGAGCUGAUCCCAAGCUCCCACUGAGGAAAAUAAAAAGUCCUUGGUAUAUA